UUGGCUGAAGCUCAUGCGCUUUUACACUGUCGAUUCGGUUCAGACAGAGCGGAACACACACAGCACUGACAGCAUCGGCUCCUCUUUUCUUUUCCUGCGUCUGCGUGCACACCGAUAGUGAGUUUCAGUUGAGAAACCAACUCAUUACAAUAUCAUCUUUUAUUUUAUUUCCUCGGAGGAGGCGCGUUUCAUCGCCGCAGACGCACGGCGCAUGUUCCUCUGAACCCGAGUCCACCUGUGUGUGAAUAAGCGGGGGAGAUUUGUUCAUUUCCAGGAACGGGGCUGUGCAACUCCUCUUCCUCACCGGACAGAGAGGGGAAUCCGUCAACGUCAUUUAAACGGGAAUAACUGCUUUAAUUUUCUACGGAGUGAAUUUGCGCGUCCUGAGCGGAUUGUAAGAGAGGAAAGUCGCCCGUUUGCUCCUGAUCAAAGGGACAGAUCAGGUCGUUCCAGCAGGGAAUACUCCGGUUCGGAAGAAAUCCCCGUCCAAAUUUGAGUACUCGAGAGAGACGAGAAGGAGCGUACACAAUGCCACUUGCUCAACUGGCAGAACCAUGGCCCAAAAUGGAGUUGGUGCAGCUGGAGACGGAGAAUGGGCAGAGCACCACUGAGGAUGGGGUCACUUCAGCUGAUAAGCUGUCUGGCCCGGAGCGUGAACCUCCUCCUGACCCUGCUGUCACUGUCGGACCAAAACGGCAAACAAAUCUCUGCUCAGAGGCUCAAGGUUUCCUGCUGUGUGUCUUGGCCUUGCAUAGGUUCAGUUCAGUCAACAUAAUACUGUAAAGAAAUGUAUAUUUCAGAGAUGCUGUUUCGUGAGACAGCAUAUUAUUAGGGCAAGAUUAAACUGUUUGUGGUUUCUAAGAAGUUUCCAGUUUAUUUUCAAGAGGAGAAAGGGCAGAGGCAGAAUGGAAGUGGUUAUUUUUCUGCCAAGCUGCAUUUUUGACUGCUAAUGAGAUAAUAAAAAGUGUUCUCUUUAGGGUUGUACCAUGUCACUGACCAAUCAGGAGUGAUCUUGUUCAAAACCAGAAAAACAGCAUGUAGUUUGUGUAGUCUGUUUUAGGAAGAAAUAAAUGCCUUUAAUUCUGUUAGUUUUAUUAGCUAUCGUGUAUUAAACACUAAAUACAUUACACUGUAAAAAUUAUCCCAUUAAAUUUACUGUAUAAAAACUGUUACCGUGUCUCCGGGAUGUAUGCAUAUUUUACAACUUUCAACCAUACAGUAUAUUUCAUUAUUUGAGUCACAUAAUGUUA